UUCCUCUGUUUACCCACACGCCCCUCUCUGUUCUGUUGCGGCCACCAGGCGGGCAGCCGGGAGCCCAGGCGGCGCCGCGGCACCCGCCUUCCUCUCCUCCCCAACCUCCUUCCCCUUCCCGACCUGCUCCCCUUUCCCACCCUCUUCACGACGCCGAGCCAUGCCGAGCGGCCGGGCGCGCCUCCCUCGACGUCGACCCCUCCCCUGCCACGCAAGACCGCUGUUCCCUGCCCCCGCGCGGGCAGGGGCUCGGCGCGCGCAGAUCCGCGUGCGGAGCGUGGGGCCAGCACUGCUCCAACCGCUGGGGCCACAGCGGCUCGGGCCGCUCGAUUCAGCCGGGACAUCCAUGACCAAGGGGACGUUGAUCUGUCUCUGCUUCCAAGUUUUCAACACAUCACAGCCGGGUUAACAUCAUAAACGAGUCCUUUAAGAAAUUAGUCUGUGUUCUGUGAUCAUCCAAGCUGACAGGUUCCGAUCUACACACAUAUCACAAACGCACGUCUAAAUAAGUUCUGUAUGAGAUGUAUCUUUUCUAUUUUUAUUGUUCUAUGUUAGUGACCAUCUUAAUUACGGACUGAAAAUAUGCAUGGUUUAAAAGAGAAACAUAAUCUGGUUAUAUGUCUUUGGUAGGUUGUUUGCUGCGUGGCUAGGUACAAACCUACUUGGCCUUUUGCAUUUCACAAAUCUGAGCUAUAUCUAAAUCGCAUUGUGUGUGGAAUGAAGUCAAAUGAUUGUCCCAACGGCACCCAUUAUGUGUAUUUUUUCUUGAGUAAUAUACAUGUAAGAGUGUACUAAUUAUAUUAUGUUCAAACGAGUGCCCAAACCACCUUCUUCGUUUCUCUCGUCAUUACUUUUUUCGGUCACAUUGUACUAUAAAAUGUUUACAUGAUGCUCUAUUGAAUGAGAACUCCCAUUAAGAUUAGUCUUGAUGAAGUGUAGCUGGUUACAUUAAUUUGUUACAACUUGAGCUGCCCUGACAAGUGUACAUAAAAAUUGUCAGCUUGCUUGUUCGGUCUUCCAGGAGUCCCUAUUUUUAUUUGUUACGACUUGAGCUGCCCUGACAAAUGUGGAUAAAAAAUAUAAUGUCAACUUGCUUGGUACUCUUCCAGACGAGUUCCUCUUGUUCUUUAAUUCAACGUUGGCUUUUGGACCAGCGCACCAGCCAUUAGCAGCAUCAGCUCACAUCCACAGAUCGAAGCACACAGCACAACAGAGAGCGGAUAGCUACUAGCCAUGGAGUCCACGGCGCUGAGCUUGGGCAAGUCCGUGCUGGAUGGAGCUCUCGGCUACGCCAAAUCCGCUGUAGCGGAGGAGGUGGCCUUGCAACUCGGCGUCCAGCGCGACCAUGCUUUCAUCAGGGAAGAGCUCGAGAUGAUGCAGGCUUUCCUGAGGGCUGCGCACGAGGAGCGAGACGACCACAAGGUGCUCAUGAUCUGGGUGAAGCAAGUUCGUGAUGUGGCCUAUGAUGCUGAGGACUGCCUCCAGGAUUGUUUCGUUCAUCUCAAGAAGCCGUCGUGGUGGCGCCUCCCGAGCACGCUGCGGGAGCGGCACCGCAUCGCCAAGAAGAUGAAGGAGCUGAGAGCCAGAGUCGAGGACGUGAGCCAGAGAAACCUGCGCUACCAACUCGUCAAGAGCGCUGCUGGCUCCAAGUAUGCAUACAGCGCUGAGCUGUCUGGAUCUGCCGGUGCAACAACAAUGUCAGGCAUCGAGGAAGCACAGCGGCAACAGAACAAAUCCACAUCGGAUCUCAUUCAACUAAUCCGCAAGAAAGACGAGGGGCUUAGAGUGAUCGGUGUAUGGGGAACAACUGAUGUUCUCGGGGAGAAAUCCAUCAUCAAGAGAGUAUAUGAUGCUCUCAAAAGGAACAAGAAGUUCCAGUGCCACGCCUGGAUCAGUAUGGUGCGUCCUCUCAAUACAGCAGAUAUUCUGCAAGAUAUUGUGAUGCAAUUCGUUGAAGAUUCUCUAAAGGAAGAAACAAAGACACAUACACCAACAUAUGAAGCUGAAGAUCUGAGGAGGUUGUGGACCACCAAGGAAGAUGAUUUGGCUGAUGAGUUCAGGAAAUUCCUGAAUGAGAAGAGUUACCUGAUUGUGGUCAAUGGCCUGUCCACUGUGGAUGAGUGGAACCAGAUCAGGCCAUGCUUUCCGACUAACAACAAAGGGAGUCGACUCCUAGUGUGCACAGAGCAUGUUAAAGUUGCAAGCUUGUGUGUUGAGCCAUCAACUUUGAUACCAGAGCACAAGCUCUUUGCUGAUAAAACUCUCUAUGCUUUCUACGCCAAGGGUUCACAAGAUACAUCAUAUUCUAUGGAUCCGGGGCCUAGCUCAACCAUAGACACUCUUGAUGACAGUAACUCCGGGGAUGGAAAGUGUCUCACUCGUGUGGAGACAAAUUUCAGUGGUUUUAAGGAAUCUAAGCUCAUCGGGCGACAGACAGAGAAAUCUAAGAUUUUAAACUUGAUUUCAAAUGAGGUUAGCAAAGAUUUUGAGGUUAUCUCGGUAUGGGGAAUGGGUGGUCUUGGAAAAACCGCACUGGUUAAAGAUGUCUACCAAAGCCAAGAGCUCAAUGCCAUUUUCGACAAGUGUGCUUGUGUUGCAGUAAAGCGUCCAUUCAAUACUACAGAUGUUCUUAAUAGUUUAGCUGAGCAACUGAGUGGUCAGAAGCAAUGGGAGCAUGGCAUUUUAGAUGGGAAAAAAUACUUGAUUGUUCUUGAUGAUUUAUAUUCCAUCAAAGAAUGGACUGAUGUAGAGGGUUAUUUUCCUAGAAUGGUAAGAGAAAGCCGGAUCAUAGUUACGACAAGGGUAAAAGAAAUUGCCCGGCAUUGUUCGUCAAAGAUGACACAUAUCUUGGAGCUCAAAAUCUUAGAGGAAAAGGACACACUUGACCUCUUCACGGAGAAGGUAUUCGGGAAGAUUACAAAUUUAAAUGAGGAGUUCCCUGAGUUGUCCGAGGAGGCUGAAUUGAUUAUGAAGAAGUGUAGAGGACUUCCUCUUGCAAUAGUGACCAUUGGUGGCUUCUUGGCAAAGCAACCAAAAACUCCCAUGGAGUGGAAAAAAUUAAAUUCACAUAUUAGUGCUGAGUUGGAGAUGAAUCAAGGGCUUGGAAAUAUUAAAAAUGUCCUUAAUAAGAGCUACGAUGGUUUACCUUAUCAUCUGAAGCCUUGUUUCUUAUAUCUAUCUAUCUUUCCUGAAGAUCAAGAUAUCAAACUAGGCCGCUUGGUGCGCCGGUGGAUUGCAGAGGGUUACUCAACUGAGGUGCAUGGCAAGUCUUCCACAGAUAUAGCUGAGGGUCAGUUCAUGGAACUCAUUGAUAGGAGCAUGAUACUACCAAAUAAAAAAACAUAUUUCAGUAAAAAUGCAAUUGACUCCUGCCAAGUCCAUGAUCUGAUGCGUGAUAUCAGCAUCUCAAAAGCGGCAGAGGAAAAUCUUGUUUUCAGGCUGGAAGAAGGUUGCAGCUCAAACACAAAUGGGACCGUACGACACCUUGCUGUAAGUGCCAACUGGAAGGGUGAUAAGGAUGACUUUGAGAGCAUGGUGGAUCUAUCUCGUAUACGAUCAUUAACUGUGUUUGGGGAAUGGAAGCUAUUUUUCAUUUCUGACAAGAUCAGGUUCCUGCGAGUUUUGGACCUGCAAGAUACCUGGGGUCUAUGUAACCAUCACCUUGAGCAUAUUGGGAAGCUUCUUCACCUAAGAUACCUUUCUCUAAAGAACUGUGAUGGUAUCUAUCACCUUCCAGACUCAGUGGGUAACAUGAGGCAACUCCAGACACUAGACAUUAGAGGGACAAGUAUCAUCAUGCUGCCAAAGACCAUAGUCAAACUUAAGCAGCUGCAGUAUCUUGACGUUGGUGGCUUUUACAGUGGUCCUUGUUCCUUACUUCGUAGUUUCCUAAAAAAAUGUGUAGCAUUUUGCGCACAUCAGCCUACUACGGAGACCUGGUGUGCUAGGUGCGCUGAAUGUUGGUGUGACACAAUGCCUGCCUUAGCAAGGCCUUUUUCAGGUGGUGUUUCUUUGCCGAGAGGUGCGAGGAAUCUGAAGGCCUUGCGCAGACUAGGUGAAGUUGACAUCAGUGGUGGGAACACCCUAAAGGAAAUAAAAAGUCUUACGCGGUUGACCAAGUUGAAGGUCCGAGGUAUCAACAAGAAAAAUUGCAAUGAGUUUUGUUCCACUCUUGAGGUUCUCCACGGCCUGGAAUCAUUGGCAGUGUCUGCAUUUAAUCGAGGUGGUUUGCUUAGCUGUUUGGAUGACGUAUCCUCACCUCCCAAUAACCUCCGCAGCCUCGGGCUGUGCGGCAAUCUGGUCAAAUUGCCGGCAUGGAUCAUGGGCCUCCGGAAUCUUGUGAAGGUGAGCCUAGAGAGUACGAGACUAUUGGAUUCUGAUGACACCAUGCAAUUCCUUGGCAACCUACCAUACCUAGCCAUCCUAGAACUAUGGAUUGGUACAUUUGACGUUGAAGGGCUCCAUCUCGAUUUCCUACCGCAGGCAUUCCCUAGUCUAGUGGCGCUCAAGCUGACCAGGGCACAGAGAUGCACAGACGACGGAGGUGAGAUCAACGUCAAAUCUGUGCAGUUUAAAGAAGGAGCAGCACCUAAGCUUGAGAUGUUGUGCUUUGUUGAUUUUGGCGAUGGAACAAUCAAUGCUGGGUUGUUUUCUGGGCUAGCAUCCCUACCAAGCCUCAAGAAAUUCGAGCUGAGGAACAGCAGCUUCGAGGGCAAGGAAGCGUUCGUGGAAGACGUGCGGGGCCAGCUUGCCCAGAAUCCAAACCGGCCUGCUUUGAUAAAAUGGUGAUAAUCUCUCUGGUGCCACUGCAAAUACUGCAAGUCUUUGAUUUAUCUACCCCCUCCAUGCAAUUGUAUCUGAACAAUUGAUGUGCCUCUGUCAGUUUUCCAUUUCUUUACUCAUGUAAUGAACCGUUGAUGUCUUUAGUUGUCAGAACAAUUCUGAAUCUGUCCAGUUAAUGUCAUGUCAUCAGUAGCCUGAGCGGCAAAUGUGUCCGCCCCGUUUGCGUCUAUGUAUGCACACCUUUUUUUUUUGGUGUGUGUGUGUGUGUCAAAAUAACAGUUUAAUUGACGAGUUUCAACCU